GUUUAGCGGGCAAAUGUUGUGUUACAGUCGUGGUUGGGUCCAACAAUAUCAGAGCAACACCAUGUGGAAAGGGCAAUUGCUAGAUAGUAUACUUAAAAAUAAGGUUUCCGUUUUUAUAUCAAUUUUUAAAGUAAGUUAGGGUUAGGUUAGAGUUAGGUUAGGAUCAGGUUAGGGUUAGAGUUAGGUUUAGUAUUAGGCUUAGGGUUUAGUUUUGCGUUAGGAUAGUUUUUUCUACGUUAUAAAAACGAAAACCUUAUUUUGAAGUAUACUAUCUAGCGAUCACCAUGUGGAAAGUGAAAAUAGCGAAGGGUAAAGAGAUUAAAAUUGGAUUUUAGCGAGCUGGAGAGCCUGUUCGCAGGCUAGAUUUUAGCGUAUUUUUGAAAUAUUUUACCACCAAUAACACCUGUGACGUCAGUUUGAUAUUUAAUACGGGACUUCACCUUCGCUCAUUAAAUUUGGCGGGAAAAUUUGUAAUGUUUGGAGAAGACAAGAUGGUGCCGCUUGCUUCGUGUCAUCAAAGGGCAUUUUUGUUCACAAAUACCCGCUUAUUUUACGUUAUAACGACUGGCUAGUUUUGGAAAUUAUAACUCAAUGGACAGGGAAAACGAUUCUGUAGUAAAGAGAAAAAUUCGUGCAGUUAUUGACUUUUAUUUGUGAUGUUUAAUAUUUGUUGUGAAAGACGGCCGGAAAUUUCGCUACAUCGCUGUACUGGUUUAAAAAAAUUCUACUGGAAAUUCGACCAUGGAUAAAGAGACAACGCUUACUGAAAGAACAGCCUGUCUUAAUGGUAAGUUUUUAAAAGGUUUUCACUUUUCGGUAUUUAUAUUUUUUAUAGUUUAAAGAUGCUGUAUUCAAUUCUGUAAGGUUUGUAAUGUUACUAAUGUAUAAAACAAACGUUUUGUUUACAUUUUGAACUGUUAUAUUUGUAAAAUAUGAUAUACUAACUGACUUGUACUGUAAAUGAAUAUAAACUCUACGUUUCAGUUCGAGAAAGUUGGAAAGAUACAAAAUUUGGGCAAUAUUGUUUAUAUGAUGAUAUCUGCGGGUUUCCCCUUUGUUAUGAGCACAACUGAUGCGCACAACGGACUUUAAUACAGCAUCUUUAAAGUUAGCACUUUUUUCCAUCCAGCAAACCGCCCUAUCGAUUUUGUAAAGUCAUUUCUUUUUGGAUUUUUUUAUUAAUUCGGUUAGGGUUAGGGUUGAGGUUAGAGUAGGGGUAGGGUUUGGGUUAGUUACAUAGCGUAUAACACCUCUUCUAUCUUGCAGAAAUGGUCAGUUUGCUGGAUGGAAAAUAGUGCCAACCAUCUUUAAAGCUCUUCUCUCAAACCUAUACUUUAAUUUAAUAGAGUCAGUAGACACUUUUGGAUAACAUUGUUUUAUACAUCUCGUUGCUACCCUAUUCACAAAUUUAGGUAAAUCCCAUGCCUAUAAAGAUUUUUUUCUUUGUUCAUGGAAUAUAUAAAUAUAAUAAUACGACUUUGCAACACCAUUUUACAUUUGUUUUAAAAUUAAUUUAAAGAAAGUAAUUUUAUCAUGUUUGGUAAAAAGAAACAAUGUACUUUUCUUGUAUCUUUACAAAGGCGGUGCCACAAUUUUGCCUGGGGGCCCGGGCCCAUCUCUGGCUGUGUCUUAUAUGGAUCACAGUAAGGGCACAAUGCAGCUUAAUGCACUAGUCAAUUGAAACCCCAGCCCCAGACAAAAUUCCUUAUUUGUACUUAUAUAAUUUUGUGCAUACUUCACUUCAGUUUAUAAUAUAUGUCCAUUAAUUUCAUGAAUAAUUACCGUACUAUUAUUUGAGGCAAGACUUUUGAAACGUGAUGUUUUGUGGCUUUCGAAAUGUGAUUAGGUUACAUGUGAUUGAUACACCGGGUGGAAAGCAUAAUUUAAAAAUGAAAAUUAAAGCCCAGCAAAUGACUUUCAGACAAGACAUAACAAAAAUAUAAAAUUUAUUGGCUAACAUUUUGUUGUAUUGUUCACAACAUCUUCAGAGCAUCGACAUCUUCAGAGCAAUUAAACUUAUUUGCAAGUGUGUAAAUAAGUUUAAGUUUAAACGAUUUUUUCUGUGUUGGUGUAAUGUACUCAGGUGAAUAUGAUGCUUGUGAUGUUACUCUGAGUGUAUAUCCACACUGGGCAAGCUUGAAAAAUAUGCCUCGAUCCUUCCCACCGUGGUCAGGCAUAUUUUUCAAGCUUUUCAAGCUCAAGGUGUGUAUAUAUAUACACUCAGAGUAACAUCACAAGCACCAAAUUUUUAAACGGUUACAUUAUUCAAAUAAGCAAAUAAGAAGAAGGGAUGAAAAACACCUAUCAUUAAAAAUAUUAGUAAAUUAAAGAUAUAAUAUAAAUAAAAGAUAUUAUAAAUUAAAGAUAUUAUAAAUUUUAUAUUUUUAUUAUGUCUUGUCUGAAAGUCAUUUGCUGGGCUUUAAUUUUCAUUUUUAAAUUAGGUUAUGUGUGUGCAUUAAAUCCUGGCCAUUCUACCCCAGCCUUUUUCAUAUGGUGUUAAACCCUGGCUAUUAUACCCGCUUUUAUAUCAGUGUUAAACCUGGGUAUUGAAAAGGCAAUGCUCUGUUAAAAUGUUGUAUUUCCUCCACAAAGUCCUGUUAACACCCGGCCUGGGGGGGGGGGGACUAUCUCGAGCAUAAUAGGUUAACUACACACAUGAGCAGUCUGAUUAUAAACACAUUGAGUGACAGCUUGAUAGUUUUUCAGGCAUUUUAUAUGCUGGUAAUAAAUUGCUUUUUAAGAGUUUUUUGUAUUAUAAUAUUUUUUAAUUAAUUAAAUUUAAGUUAUAGUUUAGUUACGUACAGUACACUCAAAAUCAAAAAUGUCUAUUCCUAUAUUGAUUAAGUUUAUUUUCUGUUUUCAGUCAUCCUCCCAGUAUUUAUUGUUCUGUCAAGAGAACAAUGAACUUCUCAUGUUUACUCUAAAACAACUUGAUCAAGUCACAUUUCACAGCAAUUGCGAUGGCAGUGCUCCAGGCAUCAUCGAGAUACUGGAGGAGGAAUUUCUUGAUAGAGUGAGUGUUUUAUUUUAUGCUACAUUUUGGGGAUGCCUAUUAUGUUCUAGCUGGUUCACACCAGAAAUUUCGGUCACAUGCCAAGGGCCUGAAGGUGGGGAACACCAGAGCACCCCAAUUACACACGUAAAAACGCACAAGUUGUAACAAGUCCGCAAACAAGUUGUUACAAGUCUGUUCACAAGCUGUCAACAAGUUGUGUUCGCACUGCUUGUUCCCAGUUUGUAUUAACAAGUUUGAAACAAGCUGUUUAAAACUUGUAACAAGCUCGAUGGCAUUAUCAGACUUAAUUGUUACAAGACUGUGCCAACAAGUUUGUUACAAUAAGUUCUUUUGUAUGUUUGCAUGGCGAUAAAACAUAUAAUAGUUUUAAUAUACAUAUAAUAAUUUACACAUAUAAUAAAAUAAUAAUUUAUUACUGCAAAGCUUUCGAUCCGUAAGCUAUAAGUUUGUUACAGCCAUGAUCGAUAUAACAAGGUUGUAACAAUCUUUUUAUAUCAAGUAGGGUUGGUAGGUUUGCUGAAUAAUUAGGCCAAACACCAUCACACUAGGCCUUUGUUUUCUUUGUCUUGGCCUUUUGUUUUCUAAAUGACACUAAUGAUGAUUUGGCCUAAUUAUUCAUCAAACUUACCAACCCUGAUAUCAAGCAUGUAAUGGACUAAUUGUUGAGAACAACCUUGCAACAAGUCUGAUAAUUUCAACAAGGUUGUUACAAGUUGUUCCAAACCUGUUGACAACUUGUGACAAGCAGUACAAAUACAUCUUGUUGACGGCUUGUUGGCAGACUUGUUACAAGAUGUGAGAUUUUUGUGUGUGUAGGUUUACAACAUAUUUUUCAAUAAUUCAAAAUUUACCCUAAGUCACUGCAAACUUUCUGGAAGUGAUCAAAAUGUUUUCUUUCAUCAAAACAAUCACGUUCGACUUAUAAAAACAUGUUUUGCAACUUACAUUUUAAAAUUUUGGUCAAAUGCCAAAGGGGGGAGGGCGGCCGCAACAAACUCGUCCAGAUUUUUUAGUUAUUUUUCAAUAAUUCUCAAAUAUUCCCCCAAAUCACUCCAGACCUUCUGGAAGUGAUCGAAAUGUUUUCUUUGGUCCAAAUGAUGACUUUCGACUUGAAAGAAUAUUUUACAAAAUUUUAAAAUUUUGGUCGAAUGCCAGAGGGCGGGGGAGGGCACAGUGAUGGCUCCGGUACUUGAGUUAUUUUUUUAUCCCCAAAUCACUACAACAAAACAUGUUGUACAAAAUUUGACAUUUUCAAUGAAAUACCAAGAGGGGACCACAGGCAUCCUCUCAGCUUUUCAAUUUUUCAAACCAUUGAUUCAACCUAAGCUGUCAUAUCAACUGAUCAUGAAUAUGUUUUCUUUUCCAGGCAAGACAGAUCACUUUAUGGAAGUGACAUGUUUUCUAAGAACAGAUUUGUGGAUGACAAAAAAAGAAAGCUUAUCAUUCAGACAUUGCGAGAAGCCCUAAUAAUGUUAACAUAUAUGUAAGAUAAUGAAUGGAGACAUCAAUCUGUCUUAGGCAUUGAGAACUAUAACCAAACAAACCUUACCAAAUCAGGUAUUAUACAAACUAUAACUUUCUUUCUGUAUAUGAUAAUUAAUGCAAGUAUUCACCA